AUGGCAGCUCCCUCCCUGGACUUCGGGGACGUGGAAACUUUCCUGGACAGGCACCCAGAGUUGCUGGAAGAUUACUUGAUGCGGAAGGGGAAGCAGGAGCUGGUGGACAAGUGGCUGCAGAAGCACAGCCAGGGUCAGGGGGCUUUAGGCCCGAGGCCUGGCCUGGCCGGCCCCGAAGGCAUGGCUCCCGGCGGUGGCAGAGGCAGCAGCAGCAGCAGCGUUGGUGGUGGCACUGGACCAAGUGGCUCUGGCAGCAGCCAGCCCCCUCCGGGUGGUGGGGACUGUGGAGGGGCUCCCCUGAGUCCCAGUUGGGCCAGUGGCGGCCUGGGGGAUGGGAACCUGCAGCGGAAAGCUUCUCAGAAGGAGUUAAGGAAGAGUUUUGCCCGCUCCAAAGCCAUCCACGUGAACAGGACCUACGAUGAACAGGUGACCUCGCGGGCCCAGGAGCCCCUGAGCAGCGUGCGGCGGAGGGCGCUGCUCCGCAAGGCCAGCUCCCUGCCUCCCACCACAGCCCACAUCCUCAGCGCCCUGCUGGAGUCCAGAGUGAACCUGCCUCAGUAUCCCCCUACGGCCAUGGACUACAAGUGCCACCUCAAAAAGCACAACGAGCGCCAGUUCUUUCUGGAACUGGUCAAGGAUAUCUCCAAUGACCUUGACCUUACGAGCCUGAGCUACAAGAUCCUCAUCUUCGUCUGCCUCAUGGUGGAUGCUGACCGCUGCUCUCUUUUCCUGGUGGAAAGGGUGGCUGCCGGCAAGAAGAGCUUGGUCUCCAAGUUGUUCGAUGUGCACGCGGGAACCCCACUGCUGCCCUGCAGCAGCACAGAGAACUCAAACGAGGUGCAGGUCCCCUGGGGCAAAGGCAUCAUUGGCUAUGUCGGGGAGCAUGGAGAAACCGUCAACAUCCCUGAUGCCUACCAGGAUAGAAGAUUCAAUGAUGAAAUCGACAAGCUAACUGGAUACAAGACAAAAUCACUAUUGUGCAUGCCUAUCAGAAGCAGUGAUGGUGAGAUUAUUGGUGUGGCCCAAGCAAUAAAUAAGAUUCCUGAAGGUACUCCAUUUACUGAAGAUGAUGAAAAAGUUAUGCAGAUGUAUCUUCCAUUCUGUGGAAUUGCUAUAUCUAAUGCUCAGGUAUUUGCUGCCUCCAGGAAAGAAUAUGAAAGAAGCAGGGCUUUGCUAGAGGUGGUUAAUGACCUCUUUGAGGAACAGACUGACCUGGAGAAAAUUGUUAAGAAAAUAAUGCAUCGGGCCCAAACUCUGCUGAAAUGCGAGCGCUGUUCUGUUUUACUCCUGGAGGACAUCGAGUCACCAGUGGUGAAGUUUACCAAAUCCUUUGAAUUGCUGUCCCCAAAGUGCAGUGCCGAAGCUGAGAACAGUUUCAAAGAAAGCAUGGAGAAGUCAUCAUACUCCGACUGGCUGAUAAAUAAUAGCAUUGCGGAGCUCGUGGCCUCCACAGGCCUUCCCGUGAACAUCAGUGAUGCCUACCAGGACCCCCGCUUUGAUGCCGAGGCUGACCAAAUAUCUGGUUUUCACAUAAGAUCCGUUCUCUGCGUACCUAUUUGGAAUAGCAGCCACCAAAUAAUUGGAGUGGCUCAAGUGUUAAAUAGACUUGAUGGAAAGCCUUUUGAUGAUGCAGAUCAACGACUUUUUGAGGCUUUUGUCAUCUUUUGUGGCCUGGGCAUCAACAACACAAUUAUGUACGAUCAAGUGAAGAAGUCCUGGGCCAAGCAGUCUGUGGCUCUUGAUGUGCUGUCAUACCAUGCGACAUGUUCAAAAGCUGAAGUUGACAAGUUUAAGGCAGCCAACAUCCCUUUGGUGUCAGAACUUGCCAUCGAUGACAUACAUUUUGAUGACUUUUCUCUCGACGUUGAUGCCAUGAUCACAGCUGCCCUUCGGAUGUUCAUGGAGCUGGGGAUGGUUCAGAAAUUUAAAAUCGACUAUGAGACCCUGUGCCGGUGGCUUUUAACAGUGAGGAAGAAUUACCGAAUGGUUCUGUACCACAACUGGAGACACGCCUUCAACGUGUGCCAGCUGAUGUUUGCGAUGUUGACCACCGCUGGGUUUCAAGAGAUUCUGACCGAGGUGGAAAUUCUCGCGGUGAUUGUGGGAUGCCUGUGUCAUGACCUCGACCACAGGGGAACCAACAAUGCCUUCCAAGCUAAGAGCGGCUCUGCCCUGGCCCAACUCUAUGGAACCUCCGCCACCUUAGAGCACCACCAUUUUAACCACGCGGUGAUGAUCCUUCAGAGUGAGGGUCAUAACAUCUUUGCUAAUCUGUCCUCCAAGGAUUAUAGUGACCUCAUGCAGCUUUUGAAGCAGUCGAUAUUGGCAACAGACCUCACGCUGUACUUUGAGAGGAGAACUGAAUUCUUUGAACUUGUCAGUAAAGGAGAAUACGAUUGGAACAUCAAACCCCAUCGUGAUAUAUUUCGAUCAAUGUUAAUGACAGCCUGUGACCUUGGAGCCGUGACCAAACCGUGGGAGAUCUCGAGACAGGUGGCUGAACUUGUAACCAGUGAGUUCUUCGAACAAGGAGAUCGGGAGAGAUCAGAACUCAAACUCACCCCUUCAGCUAUUUUUGAUCGGAACCGGAAAGAUGAACUGCCUCGGUUGCAACUGGAGUGGAUCGAUAGCAUCUGCAUGCCUCUGUACCAGGCCUUGGUGAAGGUCAAUGUGAAACUGAAGCCGAUGCUGGAUUCGGUGUCUGAGAACAGAAGUAAAUGGGAAGAGCUGCACCAGAAAAGGCUGCUGGUCUCAGCUGCCUCCCCCAGUAACUAA